CCGGGCGCGCGGGAGGCUCUUCUCGUCCGUCCGCCGGUGUCUCCCUCUCCGUCUCUUCCGAGCGCGGGCUGCGACGCGGCCUCCAGGGUGUCCCGGGAGGGACCGGGCGGCGACGGCAUGGCGCUGCUGGGCUUGCUGCAGGCGGGCGGGUCGAUGCUGGGACAGGCGGUGGAGCAGGUGACGGGCGGCAGCCUGCUGUCCACGCUGCUGGUGGCCUGCGCCUUCACGCUCAGCCUGGCCUACCUGUUCCGCGUCGCCGUGGGCCAGCUGGCGCACCUGCCGGCCGGAGCGAAAACUCCACCAUAUAUUUUCUCUCCAGUUCCAUUCCUUGGGCAUGCUGUAGCAUUUGGGAAAAAUCCAAUUGAGUUCCUAGAGAAUGCAUAUGAGAAGUAUGGACCUGUAUUUAGUUUUACCAUGGUGGGCAAGACAUUUACUUACCUUCUGGGGAGUGAUGCUGCUGCAUUGCUUUUUAAUAGUAAAAAUGAAGACCUGAAUGCAGAAGAUGUCUACAGUCGUCUCACAACACCUGUGUUUGGGAAGGGAGUUGCAUAUGAUGUGCCAAAUGCAAUUUUCUUGGAGCAGAAGAAAAUAUUAAAAAGUGGCCUUAACAUAGCCCACUUUAAACAGUAUGUUUCCAUAAUUGAAGAAGAAACAAAGGAAUACUUUAAAAGUUGGGGAGAAAAUGGAGAAAAAAAUUUAUUUGAAGCUCUUUCUGAGCUCAUAAUUUUAACAGCUAGCCAUUGUUUGCACGGAAAAGAAAUCAGAAGUCAACUCAAUGAGCAGGUGGCACAGCUGUAUGCAGAUCUGGAUGGAGGUUUUAGCCAUGCAGCCUGGCUGCUGCCAGGUUGGCUGCCUCUGCCUAGCUUCAGGCGCAGGGAUAGAGCUCAUCAGAAGAUCAAGAAUAUUUUCUAUAAGGCAAUCCAGAAGCGUAGGCAAUCAAAAGAAAAAAUUGAUGAUAUUCUCCAAACCUUACUAGAGUCUACAUACAAAGAUGGCCGUCCUUUGACAGAUGAUGAAAUAGCAGGGAUGCUUAUAGGACUGCUCUUGGCAGGGCAGCACACAUCCUCAACCACCAGUGCCUGGAUGGGCUUCUUUUUGGCCAGAGACAAAACGCUACAAGAAAAAUGUUAUUUAGAACAGAAAACAGUCUGUGGAGAAGACCUGCCUCCUUUAACUUAUGACCAGCUCAAGGAUCUAAAUGUCCUUGAUCGCUGCAUAAAAGAAACAUUAAGACUUCGACCUCCUAUAAUGACCAUGAUGAGAAUGGCCAGAACUCCUCAGACUGUGGCAGGGUACACCAUUCCUCCGGGGCAUCAGGUGUGCGUUUCUCCCACUGUCAACCAGAGACUUAAAGACUCCUGGGUAGAGCGUCUGGACUUUAACCCUGAUCGCUACUUACGUGAUAACCCAGCGUCAGGAGAGAAGUUUGCCUAUGUGCCAUUUGGAGCUGGACGUCAUCGUUGCAUUGGGGAAAAUUUUGCUUACGUUCAAAUUAAGACAAUUUGGUCCACCCUGUUUCGUUUGUAUGAAUUUGAUCUCGUGGAUGGAUAUUUUCCUGCUGUGAAUUAUACAACUAUGAUCCACACCCCUGCAAACCCCAUUAUCCAUUACAAACGGAGGGCAAAAUGAAGAGCGCCUCAGUGAACUAAUGGGACGUCAGUGUAAGCUGCAAAUGCAUCUGGGGAGAAUGAAGUGUGUGAAGCAACACAACAGUGCUGUGUUUUAAAAUUCUAAAAGCGAGUUUAAUUUAUGAUUUUAAUGUUUUGCUAACUGACCUAUCAAAUAUGGUGGUAUUUGAAACAGUUUAUAAUAGUUUUGAUACUUAGGUGUGCUUUAAAGAAGCCAAGUUUAUUAGUAAAAGGAAUUGUUCAGGGUGAAUCUAGGUAGUUGGCGGAUUCUAAGUAAUACACCUUUUGGGUACUAAUUUUAAAAGCAUGCAGAACUUUUGGCAAAUAAGUUCAGGAGAGUCAGGUCUGGGACCACUUCUGCGAGGUGUAAAAAGACCAGGAAUACUUGGAAGAUGACAUGUUACUCAUUUUCCUUGGUAACUUUCGUAAGUAAGUAUGGGAAGGUAGGGAAUCAACUUGUAGUGAAAGCCUUGGAUCAAAAAUAGUUAAUUGUUUCGGUAUGAAGAUCAUUACCAGUGAUGGAACUAUAAUGUAGAAAAAUAAACUGAAUUUUAACUGGAAGCACUUAUUGUAGGAAGUUGAGAGAUCUAGGUUUGUGCCUUGAUAGUAUUUCCUAAAAAAUAAA